UCAUCCAGUGGACCCUAUGCAGUGGACACAUUUAACAUCAACAACCUUAAUCUGAUCUGUGCAUCAUGAUCACACGGUCUGAGUCUCAGUUUAAAGGUAGAAUUUCAUCGAUACUUCAAGUGUUUGUGGAAGCAGCAGUGGCCGAAAUAUGUGAGUAUAUUGACCUCGAAGUAGCUACUUUACGUGCUGAGUUGUCGGUGUGCCGUCCAGAGAAAGGUUCUGCGAGAGGAAAGUUACAGUCACAGUCCACGGAACAGAACAUUUCUUCGGGAAAUGGACGUGAAUUUGGAACUCCAGACAACAACGAUACCCUACCACACUGCAUUGCUGGUCGUGAACAGGCCGAGAGGAAAUUAUUCAGGAACCAGGGAUCUCCCAAAACCUCGCAUCCGUGUGCCCUAUGGAAUCAGCAGAGUGGCAGUGAAGAUGGCCAAAACGCCACUGAUGAAGAGUGCACAGAAUUGGAUGCUGUUUCAGUCAAAAAGGAAAUGCUGGAGGAUUCGGAGCAGUCAAACAAAGCUAGAGACAAACAGGAAGCAGACACAUCCACGGUGGCCAUGGGCCUCCCUGACCCUAAUGAGAGCAUGGGCACAGCGCCACCAAGCCCCCACGCCAGGCUGGAAUGGGCGACCUCUGAACCCCCAACCCGCGUCAGCGCCAAAUGCGGCUCCAAGUCCGAGCCCUUGUGUGAGCGCUCCGGCGCGGCGGCUGGCGACGGCAGCAGACCCAGCUGUAUGGACUGCGGCGACGAGAGCGAGAGCGAGGAGGAGGACCUGCAGGAGUGGGACAGCGCUGUCGCCGCCAAGCAUUACGCCGCCUCCGCGCAGCUGGCACAGGGUGUGGACCUGCAGCAGGAGCAGGAGCAGGAGCAGGAGGAGGGGAAGCACGGCGCGGCGUACUUAACACAUUGGACUGACCCGGCGUCUCCACACAGAGCUCCGCCCCACGCACACCACUCCAUGCAGUAUCUGCACGAGGAGCCGCCCGACCCCAUGGGGGGCUUUGGGCUGAACCUCCCCCCCGGCAGCAGCGACUACCACAACGUCCGGGGAGGAGACCUUUCCGUGAGUCACCUGGGCAUGGCUAUGCAGCAUGGCGCGGACCUGGAGGAGAGGUACAUAUGCCCCAUGUGCGGCAAAAUCCUGCGGACGGACCGGGCGCUGCGUGCGCACGUGAAGGACCACACCACGCUGCACAUCUGCAACCACUGCGGGAAGAGCUUCGCCAGGCUGACCAACCUGCGCGUGCACCAGAACAUCCACAUGGGACUCAAACCGUACACCUGUAAAUUCUGCUCCAAGAAGUUCAGCGACCCGAGUAACUACAACCGCCAUAAACAACGCUGCCCGCCGUCUGCUCACGCCUAGCUGAGCUCCUAUUGGUCUGCCCACACCUAGCUGAGCUCCUAUUGGUCUGCCCACGUUUAGCUGAGCUCCUAUUGGUCUGCUCACGCCUAGCUGAGCUCCUAUUGGUCUGCCCACGCCUAGCUGAGAUCCCAUUCGUCUGUAAAACCUACACCUGACAUAUUGUGUGUUGGAAGCAGGCUUGUGCAAAAUUCUGAAUUUUAGAAUUGGCCUCUAUUCAAUUAAUGAAUUGGAAUUGGAAUUGAAUUGGCUCCGCCCACGGGAAGUUGAAUUGGAAUUGGAAUAACAGGAAGUGGAAUUAAUUUCAUGGCAACUCAAAGCAAUUCCACAGUCACACAACAGGAAGAAUGUGUUGAAUCUCACAUAUAUUCAGUUUUGGGAAGGUUACUGUGAAAAUGGAGUAGGUCACUGUUUUAAGUUAUAAGUUGUGUGUUUGAUGCAAUCAUAUCUGACAUACGGCUUCAUUGUUAAACAAAAUUGUUCUGCUUCCUUUAAUUCAAAUUCAAAUUGUAAUGUUGCAUCCUGCUUUUGACAUCAAUUCAGAUUCAAUUCAAAUUCAAGAAUUUAAUUGGAAUUUAGGAGUCAUUCUCAAUUCAAUUCUGAAUCUUGGCCUGGUUGGCAGGUAGUAGCAACUGUCAUUGUGCCUUGUUACAAACUUGAAUUCUAACAUAGGCUUGUGGUCCAGUAUGUCUGUGGAAACGUUAGAGAGAGAGAGAGAGAGAUUGUGUAUUACAGAUGCUCAGACAUUACUGAAACUACACACACAGCAGCUGAUCGUGCGCUCAAUAUUGGACAGAACGCCUGCCUUUCUAGUAAAAUCUUUUUUUAUUUAUUGUAAGGUUGCCAGCAGUACACAUAGCCAAUCAUGUUAUUUAUUUGAUACAACACAAAUAGGACACUGCAGACAUGCGUUCCAUUGUUGGGAUGUGUUAUGACAUUUACUUGGGAUGCUCAUUUUGUACUAUUCCUUCCUGGUCUCUCUUUCCUGUUAUAUGUUACUGAUAUAUGUCUCCUAUUGCAUAGACACACCUGUUGGUGGAAGUAAACACACACUCAUUGUUGCAUGGUCCUAGAACCACACUUGUCAUGAACCGCUAAUCUCCCAUCAUUCAAUAGCUGAAAUGGUUUUAAGUUUUAUUGAAUCGUUUGCGUUUCGUUGAAUGGUUUUUCAUUAAAAUCAUAUGAAGGA